CAUCUGUAGAUGCUGAGAUUUUUCAUCCAUCAGGAAAACGCUAAGCACGAUUACUGAAAAGAUUUUAGUUUUUUUACUAAGAUUUGGAUUGUCAGAUUUGUCUCACAUUAACACAUUGAUACAUACCUGGGGUGUGCUGGAAAGAUGUGGAACUUCAUAACAGAUUUCUUUGUGUACGAGACGACCAAGUCUGUGGUGGUAAAGAGCUGGACCAUCGGCAUCAUCAACCGCGUUGCUCAACUCCUCAUCAUCACAUAUUUCGUUGGCUGGGUGUUUCUAUAUGAGAAGGCAUAUCAAGUGAGAGAUACAUCCAUCGAGUCAUCAGUGAUGACCAAAGUGAAAGGUUUUGGAGAAUAUAAUAACCGGAUCAUGGACACGGCCGAUUAUGUGACACCUACUCAAGGGGCAUCAGUGUUCUGCAUCAUCACGAAGCUCAUCACAACAGAGAGGCAAAUACAGGGGCACUGUCCCGAGAGUGAGAUCAAAUUCAAAUGUGAUCAAGAUAAUGCUUGUAUGAAGUUGAAGCCAAAACCUUCUAGCAAUGGCUUGCUGACUGGACGAUGUGUUAACUUUAAUUCUUCAAUAAAAACCUGUGAGAUCAAAGGAUGGUGUCCUGCAGAGAUAGAUGAUGUUCAACCGGACCCCAUGAUGGAGGUGGAGAAUUUCACCAUUUUCAUCAAGAACAGCAUUCGUUUCCCCCGUUUCAACUUCACAAAGGGAAACUUUUUGCCCUCCAUCAAUAGUAGCUACAUAAAGCAGUGUAAAUUUGACUUUCAGAGGAACAUGUAUUGUCCGAUUUUCAAAGUUGGAGAUGUAAUCCGGUUUGCUCAACAAAACUUCACCACUCUUGCUAAAAAAGGGGGAGUAAUAGGAAUAAAAAUAGCAUGGCUGUGUGAUUUAGAUAAGGCAGACGAUGAAUGCAAACCUACCUAUUCAUUCACUCGCCUGGACGCCAUGUCAGAGAAGACCACUGUCUCACCUGGAUACAACUUCAGGUAUGCAAAGUAUUUUAAGAUGGAGAACGGGACCGAGUAUCGCACAUUGCUGAAAGCCUAUGCCAUCAGAUUCGAUGUGCUGGUUAAUGGAGAUGCAGGAAAAUUUGACAUGAUCCCAACUCUUAUCAACAUGGUUGCUGCCUUCACUUCUGUGGGUGUGGGCACAGUGCUUUGUGACAUCAUUCUGCUGCACUUCCUUAAAGGAGCCGAUCAGUACAAGGCCAAAAAAUUUGAAGAGGUAUCAGAUUCAACUAUUCAGGAAAGUAACUCAUUAUACAGGAGCAGAGAACACAGCCAUCUGUCAAUCAAACCGGACGAGAAGUUCUCAACUGAUUCCGGAGCAUUUUCCAUGGGACAAUAUAGUUAACCUGUCUCGUUAUGCACAGAAUAAAUCUACAGGACAAUCUAUACCAACUAGUUUGAUUUAUAAAUACUUUGAUAGUUUACAUCUUAAAUCCACUUCUAAAGUGAACUGUUUUUUUUCUUAAUAUUUAAGCAUAAUUAUUUUAACCAAGAUAAGUAAGAGAUAAUGUACAUCCAGAUGGUUAUAUUGCAAUAUAAACUCAGGCACAUUAGGUUAGGAUUAGGACCAUAAAAUGUUUUGACCAUAAAGGAUAUUUUAUUAAAAAAACAUGUCCUCUAUCUAACAGUCUUAAACCAAAUAAUUUUGGUUUACUGGUUGUUUAAAGAAAAAAAUUGAAACAUCUCUGUAUACAAAACCUGUCAGAAGCAUAUCAACAGACACAAUUUUGCUGUGUUUGGUUAUUUGCAUGGUCUACAAAAAAAAUCAAUUCAGGAAUGUUUGCUGACGUGGGUUUUUUACACACCCAAAUGCCAUCAACCCUCUUUUUUUGUGUUGAUGUUUGUUUUUGAAUAUAAAGUUAUUGUAAAAGAGCAGAAAAAGGAAAGUUAUCAUAUUUGCAUGAAUUUAUGUAGCAAAAUACGCACAUUGUAUAUAGUCAUUAAAUCUUUUUGUCACAUAUUGUACAGUAAAUAUUGAUGCAGGUCAUAGGGAGGCUCAGGGUAAUGAAACUAAUUUCAUGUACAUUAAUUGUUAUUUAUAUCAUAAUUCGGACUACUGCUUCAUUCUGGCCGACUACUGCCUGUUGAACUGCAAGCACUUUGCUCAAUGACAAUCUAUUCAAUGCAGCCUAUCAGUUACUAAAUUUAUAACAAAGGCUUUGCAAUCCGCUGAAUAGUUUAAACCUCUGCAAAGUGUGGGUCUUAAAUAUUAUAUGAUAAAUAAAAAUGCUUUUACACAUCAAACCUGAGAACCGGUUUAUGAUUGAUGUGAAUUACAUUUAUUCAAAUCUAAAGGCAAAUCAGAAGUCAGAUUGCAGGCAAUAUCAAUUAACAAUUAAUUCAACUCUGAUCAUAAAUUCAAAACGUCUAAAACUGGUAAAAUGAGACAAAAAAUAAAAAGCUGAUUAUGUAAAAUUUGACUCUGGUUUGGUCACCCCGUUGUUACAGGACUUGUUUUUUUUAUUUAUGUUUGCUGUCAUGGUGUAGUUGCCAUUAUGUAAAACAUUACAUUUGUCAAUGGCUAAUCCCCUACAUGAACCUAAUUGACUUUGUUUUUAGAGAGUUGCUGUGUGUGACAGUCUAAACGUGUUAAAGAGAAGUGGAAAAACA